UUUUUGACAAACACAGAAUUUGUGCACAGAAUUUUGCGUUGACAAAUCCAGACAAAUCUAUAACUUUUUCUUUGAUAACAACAUAAAAAUAAUUAUUCAUAAUAAGGCAUCACCAUGGGAAAAGCUGCCCGACCAGUGCAAGAACUGGGGAACGAAUAUGGAAAACCCGAUAUUGAAAGGCUGGGGCUGUUUAGUGAGAUGCCUUUCAUGAAUGGGAAAGGAUAUGUGCCCAUGUAUGAAAAGCCUAAAAGAGUAAAAGGAAAAAAUUUGCUGGCUGGUGGUCCGAAAGAGAAACGUGACUGGCAAGAUUGUUACUUUGACAAGGAAUUCAAGAGAAUAUAUACUGGAGAGGCGUUGAAAGGACGUGGCCGAAAACCGUUGCCCUCAAAAUUUAAAAACAUCUCCGAACGCCCCUUCGUCCCACCAGGUGAAACUAAAUGGCACAGCACUCCAGGAGACUGGCACGGCACAUUUGAAGGUCGAAUUGAAGCUUUCAGCAGAAAAGAAAAGCAACGCAUUCCGACCAAACACGAAGGCCCCAAUGCUACAUCUCGACCAGGAAAGCAAGGAGGCUGUGGAUAUGUCGAUAUUUGUAUCAAUCCUUAUCCGACACAUAGUGUUGAAAAGUAUGGUCAAAAGCAGAAAUAUAAAGAGUACGGAAAGACAUUGGAUGGAGCAAUGGUGCUGGGUAUGCACCCAAAACCCUAUUUUGAGUUAAAUCCUUAUAAGGAUCCUGAUGGGAUGAAGCCUGGACCGUGCUAUGUGCCUCCCAAGGAAAAACAACUAGCACCGUUGCCGCCUGGGAAGUUGAUGCCAACUGGACCUGGGAAAAAGCUUGGAGGCUGUAAAGCAGGAUGCUUCGAGAAAUAUCCCGAACACAAAGUGGACAAAUACAAAACCGUCUACCAAAUGCUGAAACCACGCACUGGAAGUAUGUUCAUUCUGUCGACCUGCAGAGAAAAGAGCUACUAUACUUGUUCUGUCAUCAACGAAAAUAUAAGUUUCAAAAUGAACGAAAGCACCUAUAAAAGUUAUAAACCCAACUUUAUUAAAUAUCUUUUGUAG